ACGACUUUCCCAUUCGCGUCAGACAUGUUACUACGAUGGUGCUAUUGACACACAUGAAACACAGAAAGAGCUAGUUACUAAGAACUGUAUGUCAGUUCCCAGUAAUCUGCGAAGAUAACCAUGUCGGACUAUGUAUCGGCGUCCGCCAUCAAGGACCUCCUCACCGAGUGCCCAAUAUGUACAGAACACUUUGAUGAGGCCAGACGGACACCUCGUCGUAUGCCCUGCUGUGUACAGUCAAUAUGUCAGGCUUGUCUAGAGACGUACAGCAAAGGACUCCCAACGUUAUCAUGUCCCAUGUGUCGACACCAACAUAACCUGCCAGGCGGUGUGAAGUCUCUGCCCAAAGAGCCUAUCAUCCUAAGAAUCCUGGAUCAUCUGAAGAUUGUGAAAGGGCUUCAUCUGCCAUGUACAAAUUGUUCUGAUGGUAACCCUGCCAUGUCCAGAUGUGAUGACUGCUGCGUCUUCCUGUGCCAAGAAUGUCUAAAUGCCCACAAAAGACUUCAGUCUAUGCGAGAUCACCAAACUGUCAGUUUUGACGACAUGAGGGAACGACCAGUUGAGAGCUUCCGUCGCCUCCAUAAGUGUACACAACAUCACCAGCCUCUACAGUUCUAUUGCCACACUUGUGACCAGACCGUCUGUGUGUCUUGCACUGUAGUGGAACAUGAUAAAGGGAGUGGGCACAACGUUGUGUCUGUUGAAAACGCACAUGAAAGUAAGGCUGUUGAAAAUGAAGACGUCUUGCAGAGAUUAGAUGAGAAGGGCAUAGCUCUUGAAAAAGCAGCUAAAGAUCUACAAAAGAAAUGUGACGGCAUAAAGUCAUCAAGAAGCACUGCCAAAGAUGAGAUCAACAAAGCCUUCACCCAUCUGAUGGAGGCAUUGCAGCAAAGGAAGACUAUCAUGUUGUCAGAAGUUGAUAGAAGGUCAGAUGAAGCUCUGAAGCCUACAGAGGAGGCAUUGGAUUCCACAGUAACGCUGCUGACUAAAGUGAAGUCUUCUACAGAAUACACGAGACAGAUGAGAGGCAAAGCUGAUAAGAUAGAGGAUCUACAAGUGAUGGGAUCUUCAGCUGCCUCUUUGAAUUCCAUCUUGGCGGAGACACCUAAAGAUGUUGGGUUCGUCAGGAUUGGAAUCAGCUUCGUUUCGGCAUGUUUCAAGAAAAUAACAUCAUUGAUGCAGAUAGCUGGCAUUGUCCGAGUAGUAUCAUUUUCACCUGCUAAGAGUCCUGACAACGUCCCUUUGAACAAGAUAUGCAAUUCAAUCACUCUGGACGAAGGUACUUUGGAACAAGCAGCAGCAGCAGCAGUAGAAUACAUGUACCUGGAGCCUGUGGGAGGAAGUGGAAUGUAUUAUGCUGACCUGGAGUGGGACAGCAGCACUGCCAGUGCACUUGCGACAGUGUCGGGGUCUGUUGUCACAAAUAAAAUGCCACUUCCUCCUCCUCCAGCCUCGAGUUGCCGGCUGCAAUCAAACCGUCAUGUUCUUGCGUCAACACCUCUAGUUGUCGGGAAAGGUCAACGCAUCAUGUGUGCCAUGAGGGUCACAUUCUCUGUCAUAAAGCCAGAACAAAAAGACAAAAUUAUCUUCGAUGUAGCUUUUACUCACAGUCCUAUUGAAGCUAACACGAGUCAACCAGUAGGAUUGAGUGUAACCAUAGUAACCUGUUCGAAUCAUGACGAGUACCUCUGUAUCAAGAUGUACUACAAUAAUGAAUGCCUAAGUGACAACACCCUAACUCCAAACAACCCUGAUACAUCACACACUCUUGAUAUCUGUUUCAUACUCGAUGAAGCCAAAAACACAAUCCAUGUACUUGCCAUAAGUCACCCGAGAGUCGUCACAAAGGUUCCUGAGGUCAUGUUUAGAGACCCACUGUGGCUGGUGAUGAGCAGUGGGCUUAAUCGUAACACACGCGUGUCCUGCGAGUUAUUGCCAAAGAGUGCAAUAGAUUUUUAGACAAAAUAACAGACCUACCCUCAGAGUAACGGUGACUGACCAAGUGAUUAACAGGAAAAUCUUCAUUUGUUCGAUCAUUGUACCAGUGCGUAUUAAGUGACAAAUUGAACACUGGUUUAACUUAUGUAAAUAUGGAUAUCACAUGAAAACAUUUACUUACGAGAAACUCAGAUCCCCAGAGUUUCAUAUAUUAUUCACACACCUACUGUGUUAGUGUGAAACAAAUUCGGAAAAUCGCAACGUCAUAAUGACAAGUUUUAUUGCUGGAAUCAUGGCUGAGCUAUCGCCUAAAUGUUUGUAGCUCACUCGCUGACUUUGUUGAGUUUAUUAUGUCACCCUUAUGUUGUUCUUAUAGUCAAUGGGGGCGGUCGGGUAGCCUAGUGGUUAAAACGUUCGCUCGUCACGCCGAAGACCCGGGUUCGAUUCCCGACAUGGGUACAAUGUGUGAAGCCCAUUUGUGGUGUCCCCCGCCGUGAUAUUGCUGGAAUAUUGCUAAAAGCGGCGUAAAACCAUACUCACUCACUCACUAUAGUCAAUGACUAUGUUAUAUACUUAAACUACCCACAUAAUGUCAACAUUUCUCUUUGCUUAAUUUGUUUUCAAGCUUUUACAAAUUUACACCUAUUUGGAUCAGUAGUUUAAGAAACUGACUGAUUGAAUGUGUAAUUGUGGAUUGAAUGACUUGUUUAUUAUCUGUAUCUUAAUUAUGAAUGUAUUAUCUGUGAAUAUUGUUUUGCUUACUGUUUCUCAAAAUAUUACUUUUCUCAAUAGAAGCAAUAUUCUUUUCAUAUCCAAUAGUUAAAUAAACUUAUAUAGUUUGAGAAACAGAAGGCAGGAGCUAUCUAUGAUAUUUGAGAAAUAUUUUUUAUUUUGCUUCAAAGUACGAUAUCAUAUAAAUGUGAUUCUUAGACAGAUACAUAUACUUACACGUAUACAUAUAGCAUCGAACAUGCCACUGACAUUCUGUAAUUACCGACCUUUGUUCAUAAGUAAAUUCUACGUAAUAUGUUUAAUAAGUUCUUACAAUGAUGGUCACAUCUGAAGAUGAUUAUGUACAGACCUCUGUUUCUGAUUACUCGGCGUACAAGAUAUUUUCUCUCAAAACUGCAAGGGGUAUGAUUUUUCAAUUUUUUUAAAAAGUUUUCUGAAAAGAAUAGUAGGUUGAAUGAAAUAAAGAAAGAAGAAGAAAAUUAUUUUUAGAACCACAAAGGAAAGAGUAACUUAUUUUCUAAAUUGACCUGCAUGAAGUUUUAUAUAUCACUGAUAUUUUGUACUGUAGAUAUUACUGACUAAAACUGUACAGAUUUUA